AUGGCAGUCUCUUUUCCUCGUCUUCCGAGAUGGUUAUGUGGUGGUAACAGUAAAGAGAGAGAUAAGAAAGAGUCAAUAACACCAAAAGGGUCUUCUUCACUUAAUCCAUCACUCAAGAAGAAUGAUCCAGAGUGGUCAAUUGGUUGGGUUGAGCCACAUGGACCAGGUUUUAAAAGUGAGGAUGAUGAUGAUUGUGGUGGGUUUGUGGUUUUGGUUCCUUGUUACAAGAAAGUGUUGGAUGGUUCAGGGAAUCUGAUUCCUACUAAUGGCUUCUUCUCUCCUCCUGCUCCUGAUGGGAAGAGUAUGGAACAGUGGCUGUCGUCUAUGGGGAAGCUAUAA